UGAGCGCUAUCAGACUCAGUAAGACAUCAUGGAGGCAGGUGUAUUCCUCCUGCUGCUAUUUGCCUUGUUGGGGAUUUCUACCACUCUCGACUUUUACGGAGAUAGCAUAAGUUUCAUGCCUCCAAAUAAGAAGAGGGAUGGGACAUUUAAGGUGACCUUUUAUCAAAGACAGAAUGGCAAAAGCAACUGUGAAGAUCAGUCAUCCUACACAUGUGAGGGUGGGACGUGCACGAGCUUCGUUAAGUCGAGUGUCCUGCAAACGGACGGGGAUGUCACGGGCCAGGACCGGUGGUGCCAGUCUGAAGGGCACACGACAGCAACCGUCGUAACUAAUAAAACCUCCUUUUCUCUGAAGGACUCGGGCUGCUGCUGGGUGUCUAACGUCGACGGUAAAACAAACUGGACGGCUCACGCAGAGUUGGACCUGGGCAGUCGGUCUGACUCGUACGCCCUCAACGGCUGUCCCAUAACGACAACAGUAUCUUCUUUACGGGUGCCUCAGAACUGCUUUACAAAGUUUGCUCUUCUGGCACACGAUCCAGACGGAGAUCAUGUGAAAUGCAGCUUUGCUACAAACACUAAUCCUGCAAACUUCACUAUGGAUGAGACCACGUGCACGCUGACGACUACAGGUCCAGUCGACGUCGGUGUCCACGUGUUUGAGCUGAUGCUGGAGGACUUUUCCAAGAAAAACAUCACUUUGACCUACGCAGAUGGAACACAAUUAUUCCGGGAGGCCUCCGACGUGACCUUACCACCUCUCUGCAAAGUGAAGCUGCAGUUCUCCAUGGAGAUCCUUCCUCCGAUACCAAACUGUGAACCUGGUCAUGUGCUGCCCAUGUUCUUGUCCGGGACUCCUAUUCAUGGCGAUGUUCUUUUUGCCAAUGUGGGGCAGAAUUUCCAGCUUCAUGCCCGAGCACAGGCUCAACAUGCCAGCAUAAACGAUUUCCAGGUGAGCGGCCCCCAGAACAUGACCAAAGUGUUGAAAGAUGAUCAGCAUGGAAAAGCUGAAGUGACUCUGAGCUGGACACCACAGCUCAGCGACCUGUACAGAUUUGUGCCAGUCUGCUACACCGCAGAGACAAAUGAAUCCCAAUCAGAUAUGAGAUGUGUCGUUGUCAUGGUGACGCAAGCGGCUCUCAAUCAAGGCAAGGCCAGUGUCGCAUGCUCACCCAACAAGAUGGUGGUGGCCCUGGAGAAAGCUUCCAUGCCCGGCAUCGACGAGAACUACCUCAAGCUGAGAGACCCGUCGUGCUCUCUCACCUUCAACGGCACUUACAUCAUAGGCAGCAUGUCAUUCAGCGCCUGCGGCACAAGACUGGAGGAUCAAGGCGACUUUCUCGUUUUCACGAAUGAGAUCAACUCCUUCGACCUGCCCACCGAUGUUAUAACCCGAAGGAGGAAAGUUAAGAUCGAUAUCUAUUGCCAGUUUCCCAAAACCAUCAGCAUCUCCAGCUACUUCAAUAUCCACAAGUCUGACUACAUUUUCACCGAGUCCAGCUUCGGCAGCUUCGGCUACACUUUUGAAAUAUUCACCGACAGCAACUUUACGAGUAAGGUGGCUCCCAGCGCCUAUCCAGUGGAGGUCAAGCUGUUGGACAUGAUUUAUAUGGGCAUUCAGGCUGAAUCGGAUCUACCAAAUGUGAAUAUGUUUGUGGAGUCGUGCAAAGCCACUCCUGAUGACAACCCUGACAACGCCCUCUCCUAUGACCUCAUCAAGAACGGGUGUUUAAAGGAUGAGACAUUUAAAGUCUACACAUCUGGUCAAACUUCAUUCAACUUUGAGGUUCAGGCCUUCAAAUUUAGUGGAACCAACGACCAGGUGUACAUCACCUGCUCCGUCAUCCUGUGCGAGCCUGGGAGUGCCUUUUCCAGAUGUGCCCAGGGUUGUCUGGCGGAUUCGUCCCGGCGUAAACGCAAGCGAUCGCUGAGCAAGGAGACAGUUGGCCACUCCGUUACCCAGGGUCCUUUGCAGUUUGUCCGGCAGGCUGUUCCCAAUGCAGCUGUGGAUGGUCGUCCGUCGAUGAACGAUGUUGUGAUGAAAAAUAGUGUGGUGGAAAAGAGUGACUCACAUGCUGCAGUGAUGGAUUCUCCACCGGUUGGUUCUCCAGACACCGGAUCCAGCGGAGGAGGUCGGGGAGUGAAGGAGAUCCUCAGCACCAACGUCAGCACCGCGCUGUUUGCCAGCGCCUUCUUAGUAUUGCUGCUGUUGAUGGCGGUGGUUGUUCGUUACUUCACCAGGAAGAGAAAAGCAGAAGACCACAAAUCUCUUUUAGAUUCGGACAGGGAGAACUAAACCCAACUAAUCUCUUUUGAUUUAUUUUGGUAAAGGAAAAGUUCACGUUCUUUAAAGGUCUGUCUUACUAAAACAACAUUUUCUGACGUUAUGGUUUUGGUUUACUGUUUAUGUUUGUUUGCCCCCAUCGCUAAGAACCGAUCACACCCUCGCCUGUAGCUCAAAGUUCACUUAACCAGUUUCAGACAGUUAAACUUAAAAACAGGCGUACGUUUCUCUACAACAAAACUCCUCUCUGUCUGGUUUUGCAGGAUUUUUUUCAUGCCUCUGUUCUGUUGUCAACUUCUUGCAAAGCAAUCAACAUCAGGUGUUGAAACGUAAGUACAGAAAUAGUAACUGUGUAGUGCAGCUGGUAUAGUAAUACUUCAGUGUAUGUGAAUCUGGGAUUUUUAUAUCUGGGCCCAAUAAUCUGUCAUUUUAGUAUUCACAUAUAUAAUUGAAGAUUGUAUUGAUAACCUGUGUAUUUACAACCACUACUGAUGUAAACAAACAUUUAAAGAAUGUCCAUUUAUUGAAAGACCUAAUAUGAGCUUCCGGUCUUGUGUUUUACUAGACCCUUUGGUCUAUAUUUGGAUCUUGAAUUUGCCUUUAAAAUUACAAAAUAUUUACCUAAAUAUGAUUCAUCUGUAGCUUGACAAUGUGUUGCAGUUCAGACAUGCAGUUCAGUUUGUAUAACUCUAAGACUUUCCACAGACCGUUUGAAACUCACUGAUCUAUUCCAACAGAUAGACAACAAGAGGAAUAUCUGUAAUGGUGAAAUAAUAUAUUUUUUGUCAUUUAAAUGGGAUUGUAUGUGCAAUAAAAGGGGAGAAUGGGCAUUAUAUCGACAUUCUAUAUGAAGUCUUAAUCACAUAAUAAACACAACCGCUGUGUGUGAUUUUUGGUUUAUUUUGUGUACGUGUUGAUUUGUUUUGUGUGUAAAUGACAUGAGAGACAUUAAAAAUUCAACUAAAUAUCCAUCAAAUUUA